AUGCUUCGCACCGUCUCUCGUCGACUGCCUCGACGUCCUUUCCGACCAGCAGCCUUUGCCAUUUCUGCAGCGCCGGUGAGCAGCGGUCAUCUCCGGAUGUCGUCGUCGCUGCCGCCUGUUGUUCCUCCUGUAUCAACUCCGCUCCCCUCGGAUUCCUUCCAACUACUGUCUAGUGUCAAAAAGGCCGGUAUUGCCGAAGAUGAGCUCUUCGAGCAGCAGGUGAAAGAGGUGGAGGCCUGGUGGAAAACUGCUCGUUAUGAAGGCAUCAAGCGUCCCUACAGCGCAGCCGAUGUCGUCAGCAAGCGCGGGUCGCUGCAGCAGACAUAUCCCAGCUCGAUCAUGGCAAGGAAGCUAUUCAACUUACUCAAUGAACGCGCCGCUGAAGGCAAACCUGUCCAUACCAUGGGCGCUAUCGAUCCUGUGCAAAUGACACAGCAAGCCCCGAACCAAGAAGUCUUGUAUAUUUCCGGAUGGGCCUGCUCUUCGCUCUUAACAACUACCAACGAAGUCUCCCCGGAUUUCGGAGACUAUCCUUAUAACACUGUGCCUAACCAGGUGGAAAGACUAUUCAAAGCUCAGCAAUUACACGAUCGUAAGAACUGGGAUGCUCGACGCAAACUAAGCCCCGAGCAGCGCACCGAAACUCCAUAUGUCGACUACUUACGACCUAUCAUUGCCGAUGGUGACAUGGGUCACGGAGGCCUCUCAUCGGUGAUCAAGCUGGCUAAAUUAUUUGCCGAAAAGGGCGCUGCUGCUGUACAUUUUGAAGAUCAGUCGCACGGUGGGAAAAAAUGUGGCCAUUUGGCUGGCAAGGUCCUUGUGCCAAUAGGGGAGCAUGUCAAUCGUUUGAUCGCCGCGCGGUUCCAGUGGGAUUUGAUGGGCAGUGAAAACCUCGCGAUUGCUCGAUCCGACGCAGAGAGCGGAAGACUUAUCACCAGUGCCGUUGAUGUCCGCGACCACGAGUUCAUUCUAGGUAUUACUGAACAAGUCGAGCCAUUGGCGGAGACUCUCCAGGCUAUGGAGCGCGACGGUGUUUCCGGUACUGAAAUUGACGCUUUUGAGAGCCAAUGGGUCAAGAAUCAUAAACUUGUCACUAUUGACGAAGCCGUCGACGCCCAUUUGAAGGCAGAGAGCGCAUCUCAAGGGACGAUCAAUGCUUAUUGGAGCCAGGUCAAUAAAAAUCCCGACUUGUCCCUGACCAAGCGACGCGAGCUUGCCAACAGCCUGGCAACCACCCCUCUCGUCUGGUCAUGUGACGCUCCUCGAACGCGAGAGGGUUAUUAUCAUUACAAAGCUGGAUUUCCAGCCGCGACCAAGCGAGCCAUGGAGUUUGCCCCAUAUGCUGAUCUUCUCUGGGUUGAGACUGGGGAUCCCAACGUGGAAAAGGCUGCUAAGCUUGCUGCUGAUGUCCACAAGCUAUACCCUGGCAAGAAAUUCGUCUACAAUCUUAGUCCGUCGUUCAAUUGGAUGGCCCAGGGGUUCAGUGAAGCCGCGCUGAAAUCCUUUGUCUGGGACAUUGCCAAGCAUGGGUUCGUCCUCCAGUUGAUCUCUCUCGCCGGCGUCCAUUCAAAUGCCACGAUCACCUCGGAGCUUUCCCGCGCGUUCAAGGAGGAGGGCAUGCUUGCCUAUGUCCGACUGGUGCAAUCGCGCGAGAAGGCACUUGGUGUGGAUGUUCUUACGCAUCAAAAAUGGAGUGGCGCGGGAUACAUGGAUGGAAUCUUGGGGGCGAUUCAGAGUGGCAGUAGUGGUAGCAAGAGUAUGGGCGAAGGCAAUACCGAAAAGGGUUUCUAA